ACUGUGAACAUGGCAGCCACAAGACGGCUCGUGAAUACAGUUGCCGUGAUCACCAUCAAUCAUCCACCUGUCAAUGCUCUCAGCUCAUCAGUCCGCCAUGCAUUGGUUGAAGAAUUUGGCAAAGCCAGCAAAGAUCCCACAGUGGAGGCCAUUGUGUUGAACGGGUCCAAUGGAAAAUUCAGUGCAGGUGCAGACAUACGGGAGUUUGGCACUUCUGCUAUUAAAACUGUCUCUUUAGAAGACAUAAAUGGCACCAUUGAAGCUAGCCAGAAGCCUGUAGUGGCAGCUAUUGAAGGUAUAGCACUUGGUGGAGGGCUUGAGCUAGCCCUGGCAUGUCACUACAGAGUGGCAGACAUACAGUCCCGGGUUGGUCUUCCUGAAGUGCUAAUUGGCAUUCUACCAGCAGCCGGAGGAACUCAGCGUCUGCCUAGGCUGAUAGGCAUUCCUGCUGCUCUAGAUGUGAUUGUUCGAGGAAGGCACAUUCCUGCCACAGAAGCGCUAAAUCUGGGUAUUGUUGAUGAAGUUGUGCAGGGGAGUGCUGUGGAUGCAGCUAUACAGUUGGCCCAAAAGGUUAUUGGACUUCCAUUGAAUAAACGGAGGCUGAGUACUCUCCGUAUCUCCUCUAAUCUCAAUAUGGAGGACUUUCUAGAUACUACAGUGGAGAAAACAAAGAAGCAGUUCCGUGGUGCCCAGGCUCCCAUGGCCUGUAUUGAAGCUGUGCGAGCAUCCGUCCUUCUGCCUUACCAUCGUGGUGUGGAAAAGGAAAGGCAGCUGUUCCUGUCUCUGUGGGCUACAGGCCAGCCUCAAGCCCAGCAGUAUGCCUUCUUCUCAGAAAGGGAGGCUGCAAAAUGGAGCCAUCCCUCAGGUGCAAGGUGGUACUCUGAGGAACCAAAGCUUGUCCGUACAGCUGCUGUCAUAGGACUGGGGACCAUGGGAAGAGGAAUAGUCAUAUCGCUAUCAAAGGCAAAUAUCCCUGUCAUUGCCAUUGAGCAAGACGCAUAUCAGUUGGAAAUGGGGAAGAAAGCAGUGAAUAGUCUGCUAGAGCGUGAAGCUGAAAAGUUAAAACAGCAAGGAUUUUCUCCUGGUAGUAAAUUAGCCUCUGUUCACUUCACACUUGCGUUUGGAGAACUUCAAGAUGUUGAUCUUGUUAUUGAAGCAGUCUAUGAAAAUAUGGAGCUGAAAAAGGAGAUAUUCCGUAAACUGUCUUCUGUCUGUAAGUCUAAUGCUUUCCUGUGCACUAACACAUCUGGACUUAAUAUUGAUGAAAUUGCAUCUGUCACAGACCGACCAAACCAAGUCAUUGGUACUCACUUCUUUUCCCCUGCCAACAUAAUGAAACUCUUAGAAGUGGUGAGAGGUCAGCAAACAUCACUCACUACCAUUGCCACAGCUAUGAACCUUGGGAAAAUACUGGGAAAAGUAACAGUGCUGGUUGGUAACUGCCCGUUGUUUGUUGGUAAUCGAAUGUUGGGUCCAUACCUUGAACAAGCAAGUUACCUACUGGAAGAAGGAUGCUAUCCAGAAACCGUGGACCGAGCCAUGGAAGAGUUUGGCUUUGCCAUGGGUCCUUUUCGGAUGAUGGAUCUGGCUGGUUUGGAUGUUGGCUGGAGGUCAAGAACAGAAAAAGGUCUAACUGGGGCCAACGUUCCUCAGGGUACUCCUGCUAGAAAGCGGCUAGGAAACAGGUACAGUCCCCUUGCUGACUUACUGUGUGAAUCAGGAAGGUUUGGACAAAAGACUGGUAAAGGUUGGUAUCAGUAUGAAAAGCCAGGGGGUAGAACUGCAAGACCAGACCCAUGGGUGAAGGAUUUUCUGCAGAAAUAUAGAAAAACUCAUCAAAUUAAACAACAGCCUUCAAAUCAAGAACAGAUUGUGGAAAGAUGUGUCUAUGCACUUGCUAAUGAAGGAUUCCGCAUCUUAGAAGAUGGAAUAGCUUCAUGUCCAGAGGAUAUUGAUGUUAUAUACAACAAUGGCUAUGGCUGGCCUAAGUAUAGAGGAGGUCCCAUGUAUUAUGCUUCUUUUGUUGGCUUACCUAAAGUGUUUAACACUUUGGAAAAAUAUUACAAGGCCAACGCAGAUGUCCCAAGUAUGAAGCCUGCCUUCUUACUGAAGAAGCUGGCAGCUGUAGGUGGGCCGCCCAUCAAAGAAUGGAGAUUACAGGUUGGGAAACCUGUUAACAAGCUUUAA